GCCAUUUCAAUUUCUUUAUAAUUACUAUUUUAAAUGUUCAGUUUCUAACUUCAUUAAAGUGCUUCAGUUGUGAGCUGGAUGGAAGACAGUUCCUAAAGCUGUUUUAGAUUGAGCCAACAGCCAUCAUGAAGCCAGGUGCUCCUUACCUAUUGCUCUCUUUUAGUUCCCUUAGACCUGCAGAUGACAAAAUCUUGCUCUUUUCACCCAAGCCAGUAUCCAGGCAUUUAUCUUAAUAUGUUGAGUGACAUUUUUAUUUUGGCAUGUAGUUAGAGUGACAGAUACUUCAGAUAUUUCAACUGAUUUUAAGUACUUUUGAUCUUGCAUUUAGUGCUUCUUCUGAUAGUGUUGGUAUGUCACCCAUCUCUACAGAAAAUAGGCUAUUUUAAAACUAAUAGUAUCUCACUGCUUAUGUUUUAGAAAAACCACAGUUUGGAUAUUAACCCUGCAGUCUUGGUAAAAAAAUUUUAACAACUGUGCUAGUAACUAACAAUAGCGUAACUUAAAUUACAAAAAUGUUCAGAACUCACAUGGAAUCAUUGUUAGUGUUUUUAAUGGAACAGACUUUAAUGUUAAUUUAAAGAAAGUCUGGGUAUGUCCAUGGCAUUGUCUCAUACAUAAAAGCUUGCUUUCCAGAUAGCUAAUGCUGUUUAUCCUGGAUUUUUACACUAUGCUUCUUUAUUUUUGAAAAUUGUUUUUCCAGGAUAGAUUACUCCUCUUUUCGUUUAUUUUAUUUGAAGGAACAUACACAGCCCUUGCAACACUCCUUCCACUGUGACAGGAACAGCAGAGGGAGCACAAGAACAUAAUUUUCUUGUAUGUCCCAUAAAUAGUAGUAGUUUACUCCUCCCCCUGCUUACCACUGUGCACCCUGUGCUGAUAACGACAUUCUGGGUUUCUCAAAAUUGUUAGUCUUGCAGUCAGACACUGACCUACAAGCACAGGUGGGGAUGCUUAAUGUGAUUCCUUUGCAUGGAGAAAUCUUGCCAUGCUCCAAAGUAUUGGUAGCAAAAUACGUGCAGUAGAAGCUCAGGCAAACAGCACAUGAACUAGUGACAUAGACAUGAGGAACAGAAAUAGGGGAAAUGAAAAACAAUAAAACAAAAUCUAGAACCAUAGAAGGGCAACUAGUUUCUCAAUCCAUAAGUCUUUGGUCUGCAGUGCUGACUUGUCAUUCUGACCCUCCUUCUGUCUCUUCUCUCUUGAAAUCUCUGCUUCCCCUGGGAACCUGUAGCUGUGCAGGAGGAACUACCAGAACAACAUUUCUGAGGCAGCUUCCCUGAGACUCCAUUUUUAGUGGAAUGAUGCCCAUUAGAGAAUACCAAUCUUUCAUCUUUCAUCUUUCAUCUUAAUUUGCUUUGUGUCUUCACAGUUCAAAUGUGUAUGGUUUGGGAAUGAAUAGGUUGUUAUUGUUCCAGCCUUCUCAUUGGUUUGGUUAGGUAAGUUAUUACUGCAAUCCUGGAAUUUUUAAUCUGCAUUUAGGUUGAUUAACUGGCAGUUUAUUUGAGUGUAUGCCCAAUGGUAAAUCUUCUGGGUUUUAUUUUUUCUUCAUAAGAGAACAUAUUUUACAGCACCUGUGUUUGGAAGAUCUGGUAUCAAGCAUCAGUGCAUAAGCCAUGAGUAGCUCACAUGCUUCUGAAGAACCUAUGGAAAAGGAAAAGUACAGGAGCUGUGCAUCUUCCAUGUACAUUUGUCCUCUAUGCAAAAUGUUUCUGCAGAAUCCAGUGCAGAUCCCAUGUGGGCACAAUUACUGGAUGUCCUGUGUCAUCUGGUUAUUAAGGAAUAUCCUUGAUCCAGAGUGUUUAAUACAUGGAAAGAAGACGGUCACAGAUGAUGCAAUUCUUAAUUUUGGCUCUAUCUGCCUUUGAAUAAGAGAAUUCACCAGAUGUCAUUCUAAUGCAAUUCUCCCUGAAUGCUCUUGGCAGACACGUAAGACCUGAAUUGGUGAAAUUCCUGAGGGAAAAACAAUUCUAAGGGGUGACCCGUUGUUCCUGAACCUGAACAGAUGGGAGCAUUCAUUUCCUAAGCACUCUGUGCCCCAUUCACUUGCUUUGGAGUUUCAACAUCCAAUUUGUGAUGCAGAUAUAUGAGAUGGAGCUACAAGUAGUUGACUUCAGAUGGCUGAGAAAGCAACCAGAGGCCCACAGGACAUCCCCAGCUCUUCUCCUGAUGAAGAUGAAUUUCCGUUUGGAUACCCCAGUAACAUCUGUGAAGAUGUGCCUGAUCAGAAGUACCUGUGCAGCAACUGUAAUAACGUUCUGAAGAAAGCCCUGCAGACACUCUGUGGGCACAGGUACUGCUCAGCCUGCCUCUCCUGGAUCCUGCGGAACAAUAAAAAUGCCAUUUGCCAGAAGUGUAAGGAGGAAGAUCCCAGCACUUCAAGUGAGGGAAGCCUGCUGGCAGAAGAAAGGGCUUUUGGUGAUGCUGCCAUUAAUAAAGAGAUUUCUGAGCUCAAAGUACACUGUGUGACCCUUGGAUGCAGCUGGUCUGGUAUCAUGAAAAAUUUUGAAGAGCAUCAGAGUUUGUGUGAAUAUGCUUUAAUCCCUUGCCACACUGGUUGUGGACACGUGGUGAUGAGGAAGAAACUUGCAGAUCAUUUAGAAAAUGGAUGUGUUAAUAAUGUGACCAUGUGUCAGAAGUGCAAGCAGAGCUUCUCCAGUAGUGAAUACCAAGACCAUUCAUGUGAAGGCAGUUUGUGUAAGGAACAAAAAUGUGUACAAACAGAAGCACCAUCAAAGGAAAAGAGCUGCUCUGCACCCUCAGUCAACAAGGAUGGAUGUCGUUUUUCCGAAGUGGGCUGUUCAUUUAGGGGAAGCAAAGAGAAGAUGAAGGAGCAUGACAAAACUGCAGUUGGGGCCCACAUGCUGCUUCUGCUGCAGCACAUAAAGCAACUGAAGGAAAGCUUGUGCACUGCAGCCAAAGCUGCCAACAGUUUGAUCCCACCCUCCAAGCUGGAUGUGAAUGGUGCAGGAAAAAGCACCUCUGACCUGCAGAUUCCAGGGGGACUGGCCAUCAAUGGGGAUCUGGAAGUAGACUGUUUGCCUGGAUCUUCUGUUUCUGAGGAUGAAGCUGUUCUGGAGCAACUUGUGAGGGAGAAAGUGAUUUCUGAGCUAGAAAACAAGCUGCACGUGUUUGAGAACAUUGUGGCUGUGCUCAAUAAAGAGGUAGAAACCUCCAACUUGGAGAUCACAGCCUUUCGGAGACAGAGUGAGCUUGAUCAAAAUAUAAUACGAGGCCUUGAACUGAAGAUCACAGAGUUGCACCGGUGCCUGACACAGAAGGACGCCUGCCUGAGCAGCCUUCACAAGAGUCUCCUGUUCUCUGAGCAGGCUUCCUAUGAUGGGGUCUUUCUGUGGAAGAUAACAGAUGUUGGCAGGAAGUUACAAGACUCGGUGACUGGAAGAACAGUCAGUUUGUAUUCGCCAGCUUUCUACACAGCAAAGUAUGGCUACAAGGUCUGUCUGAGGGUCUAUCUGAAUGGGGAUGGGACAGGAAAAGGAACCCACAUGUCCCUGUUCUUUGUUGUGAUGAAGGGAGACUAUGAUGCUCUGCUCCCAUGGCCUUUCAGACACAAGGUGACAUUUAUGUUGCUUGACCAAAAUAACAGGGAACAUAUAAUUGAUGCGUUUCGCCCGGACUUGACUUCAGCUUCAUUCCAGAGACCAGUGAACGACAUGAACGUUGCAAGUGGCUGUCCCAUGUUCCUCCCUUUGUCCAAACUGCAGUCACCUAAAUAUGCCUAUGUGAAGGAAGACACACUUUUCCUUAAAUGCAUUAUAGAAACAAAUUAGUAAAUCCUGAAAUAUGGGUGUCUGGUAAAUCACUCACUGAAUUUGAUUAGUUUACAAGAAGAAAACCCAUCAGCUUGAGACCUCGUAUUAGUUUUGCUGUGCACACAAAUCCCAGAGAGCCUGAGCUCCACUGAAUUCACUUCAGCUGAAGACCUGCCUGCUGGAACUGGCUGCUGCUAAGCAUGCAAGUGCUGCCCUGUAUGAACUCUUUUCACCUGCUAAAAUAGAAGUAACUACCAGACAUAGUUCUGUCUUGUAUUUUUUAAAUAGAGGCAAGGGAUUAAUAUAUAUAUUUUUUUAAUAAGAAAGUCAAGCCUGGAAAUGUCUGGAUGAAUGGUAGUCCAAAUACUGACCUUAUCCCUAAAAAGCAGCAAGUGUCACCCUCCUCAUUCCCCACUUAACAACUGACAGCAUCAGUGGAGCUGAGUUGGGUUCUGGUGCAAACUCCUGCAGUUCCAGCUUGUCCAGGGCUGGGAGCUGCUCUGGGACUGGGAGCACACGGGGCAUCAACCCAGGGCCUGAUGGUGCAGGCAGAGCUGAGGUGUGUAUUUAUAACUCAAAGGCCUUUAUGCAAUUCCUUUCUUCAUUUUUCCUCUGCACUAUUUCCGUGUCUUGGUUGGAAACACAAAGCUGACAGACAAGGCCCUGCCUGCUGCCUGAGAAGGGAAAGGAGAAGCUGUUUGUCCACUUAGAUUUUGCAAACCAUGGAAACUGCAGCCUCCUGAGCUGGUGAGAUGCCACGUGCUGUGCCCCCAGCCAGGCUGCUGGCAGAGCAAGAGACAUUCCAAAUCUCUGCUUUCUGUCUGGACAGCACCCUUCCAAAUAAUUCAUUGUGAUGAAGUAUCAGAUUUCAGUAAAACCCAUCCCAUGAACAAACAUCUAUCAAAGUUUGUUUGCAAAGGAACUGGGUAUUCUUUGCCAUCACACGCACAAACACUCUGUCUCUCUCUUUUUGUCUCUUCCAUGUUUAAAAUACUCUUUCAGGGGCAGAAAGUUGUUUUCCCAGUGAUCUGCCAGACCCUGCAACCACACUGGAGUAAUAUGCCAAAAAAUACUAUGCAUUUCAUGGCUGUAUGUUUUUGACAAGUGCUGUAUUUAUUACAAUCAUUCAUAUUUUCUUAUAAUUUUAUUUAUUUCCUAAAUAAAGCUCACUAACUUAA